AUGUCCAUCAACUGGGUCAUGCUCACAGCAGAUGGCAAGGACAUCGUCCCUCUGCAGAAUGAGACUGUCUUCUUCCGCGAACAUGGAGUCCGCUUCGAACUCGAUAGUUCCAAUGGAGGAUACCCUGGUGCAGGGAACUCGUACUCGGCCAAGAGCGGCACCAUACUGUUGACGAACCAGCGCAUCGUCUUCAUCUCUGCCACACCAACCCCCUACUUCACAACAGCCUCGCUGCCCAUCGACAAAGUUCAGGAUAGCAAGCUGGCCCAGCCUUGGUUCUCGGCGGCUACCUUCAAGGCUGUGGUCAUGCCUGUCCCCGGGGGCGGAAUGGCCCAGCCCGCUCGCCUCGCCAUUUCUUUUACCAGCGGAAACAUCCAUGAAUUCGAGUCUCAGUAUCGAUCGCUCAGGGAGCGAUUACAAGAGUUGGAUGGCGCCGCGCCGGAUCAUCUGGAACAGCUGCCCAUGUACAACCCACCCUCGGGACCCGUCCCAACCUCGACCUACACCUGGUCCUCUUCCUCUGCCGAUCAAGGAACCUCGGGAACUAGACCUGCACCCACCUCGACCGCCUCUGCGCCCUUGCCUCUGCCUGUUCCUCACGCCCAACCAUAUAUCGUGGCACCAGCACCGAUACCUACCGCGACUACAGGGUACCACACGACAAGCGCCCCAGGAUACAAUGCGCCUCCACCCCCACAGCCCUUGCCUGCCCCAACUCCAUCGGACUUGCCACCAAGCUAUGAUGAGAUCCGUUAG